AUGUCGAAGCCCGUCUCGGUGAUCGUCAUCGGCGGUUCGCACGCAGGCCUCGCCGUAAGCCAUAAACUACUUCGACAGACACCCCGAGCUGCCAUAACCCUCAUCAACCCCUCGGAUGAGUACUACUCCAACAUCGCUGCCCCCCGAUUCCUCGUCAAGCCCGAGAGUCUUCCACCAAGCAAAUACCUCUACUCCAUUCCCGAUGCCUUCCGCGAAUAUCCUGAGGGCUCGUUCAUUUCCGUAAAGGGGCUAGUGACUAAGAUCGACUAUUCGACCAAGUCCGUUAAAGUCGCACUGUCUACAACUACAUCUGCGACGAUGAUUUCCUCCUUUGGCUUUGACUACCUCGUUAUCGCGUCUGGAAGUUCAACGCCCGCCACGCUUGGAACGGCAGGUGUGAAGCUGCCGUUCAAGGCCACUGACUUCGAAGACACGAGGAAGGCUAUACAGGAGGCGCAGAUAAAGCUAUCAACCGCUAAGACAAUUCUGGUUGGUGGCGCAGGGCCCCUGGGUGUCGAAAUUGCUGGGGAGCUGGCCGAAGCUCGUGGACCGCAGCAGGUCACGCUGGUGUCGAAGACAAGUGUGUUGCUGGAGCGGGCGACGGAGACAGUCCAACGAACCGCGUUGUCGCUUCUCGAGCGAAAGAAUGUCGUUGUCUUAAGGAACACCUCGGUUGAGGAUGCCACAUACGAAGCCAGCACACAGACUUGGAAGGUCAAGCUGUCGAGUGGGCAAACGUAUAUUGUCGAUGCGUAUAUCGCUACGACGGGCACCGUGCCGAAUAACGACUUUAUCCCAAAGAACUGUCUGAAUGAGCAGGGCUGGGUCAAUGUUGAUAAUCAGCUUAGGGUCGUGCAAGAUGGUGCAAGCCGCAACGACACGUAUGCUGUUGGAGACAUCACCUGCCUUCCCUAUCGACUGCUUUCGAGGGUCUCUCUCCAGGGACAAACAGUUGCUUCGAAUAUCGCCGCGGCUAUCGAGAGAAGGUCUCCACUUAUGACGUAUUCGGCAAAAGCGCAGAAAAGGAUGAUGGUUGUGCCGGUUGGCCAGUCGACUGGGACAGGACACAUUGGGAGAUGGACUCUCUUCGGAUGUCUCGUUUGGUGGUUCAAGGGGAAGGACUUUCUGACCUACGAGGCGCCCAAGUUUUUGCGCGGUCAGAUGUAA